AUGAAAGCUUCCGUACGAUAUUUGUCUUUAGGACUAUUUCUGUCCACUGUGAUAUUGCUUUUGAUUUAUCAAAGGUAUGGGAAAGGAAUUUUCAAUCUGCCAGUGGCACCAUCAUAUAUUAGUGAAGCUGAAUUGUUGAAUACUAAAGAAGUGUAUCACAUCGAUGAAUGGCCUGUCAAGAUUUCCGAAUGCACAAUGUCACAGUGCUUUGAUUUAUCACGAUGCUUAACCCAAGAUGCAUUUCGAGUAUAUGUUUAUCCAGCAGAUAACAGCUCGAUCGUGUCAUCUGUAUAUAGAAACAUACUAAAAGUCAUCCGCGAAAGCGUGUAUUAUACAAAUGAUCCUCAAAAGGCUUGUGUAUUUGUUCUAAGCAUUGAUACAGUAGAUCGAGAUCGAAGGAGUGAAAACUAUGUGAAGUAUGUAAAUGAACUAAUCGCAAAGUUGCCGACUGAAAUUUGGAAUCAUGGACUUAAUCACAUAGUGUUUAACCUUUACCAUGGCACAUAUCCCGAUUAUUCAGAUCACAAAUUAGGCUUUGAUGCUGGAUACGCUCUUAUUGCUCGCGCAAGCGCCAAUGUUCGAGUGUUCAGAAAUAACUUCGAUUUAUCCUUUCCUCUUUUUCAUAAGGAGCAUCCUUUAAGAACGACGGUCAAGGCAGAAUGGCCAUUGAAAUUGAAAGACAAUUAUCUAGUGAGUUUCAAGGGUAAGAGAUAUGUGUAUGGGAUUGGUUCUGAAACUCGUGAUUCACUUUACCAUCUUCACAAUGGACAAUCUGUGAUAAUGGUUACAACUUGUAAACAUAACACAGACUGGAAAAAAUAUGAGGAUGAACGUUGUGAAGAAGAUAAUGUAGAAUAUGAUCGUUGGGACUAUGAAACGGUUAUGUCGAAUUCAACAUUUUGUCUCACUCCUCGCGGACGACGUCUUGGUUCGUUCCGUUUUCUAGAAGCACUUCGAUUAGGAUGCAUUCCAGUAGUUCUGUCUGAUGAUUGGGAGUUACCCUUCUCGGAAGUAAUUGAUUGGCGUCAAGCAGUGAUUAUUAGUCACGAAGAUACUGUCCUUACGAUUUCCGAUAUGUUAAGUGCUAUACCACUUGAUCGCAUUCUAUUCCUGAAACAACAGUCACGAGGUUUAUAUCAGCGAUAUUUUAGUAGUGUGGAAAAAAUUGUGCUUACCUCGUUACAGAUAGUCGAAGAACGUAUCAAAAAGCAACAAGGGAAAGAGGCCAGGGAUUGGAAUCGAUUGUUCUCUCCUGUGCAAAAGUUCUUGCCAUCAGUGACCAGUAAAAGUGGUUGUACGAUCUUUCUUAAAGCGUCAGUCAAAAUAUCGGGAAAAUUGAACCGGAUCUUAAAUAUUCUUGCUUCUAUCGCUGAAAUACGGAAGGGAAUGCUCCAUCUUCAUCCGUUACUUGAGUUUAAAAUUUUUGAUAAUCUGUUAGUUAUCAUUUUGUGGCCUAAAAAGCGUCAGAUGAAAGCAAGUUUCGAUAAAUUCAAUUUGAAAAUAUUUGUGGAACAGGGUGAUUUUGAAGUAUAUGAUGAUAUAUUGAGCCAAAUUUGGAGGUUGAAAUUUGAUGUGGAAGGUGAGUUCGUGGUAUUUUUGGAUGAACGUGUUCCAUUUACCGUUGGUGAGGUGCUUUUUAUGCUAGACACAGCAAGUAAAGAACCUAAUCGGGUGUACGGUUUUUAUGCUGCUGAGUCCAAGGCAAAGUCAGAAACGUUGACUAUUGAGUUUGCACCAGAAAGUCGCUACUCCAUAAUUUUACUUCAUUUUGCUCUAAUUAAAAAGGAAUACUUACAAUAUUUUGAACACUGGAUGCCAACACCUGCAAAAGAUAUUGCUUCAAGGUCAUCGCAGUGUUUAACUUUGUUGAUGAAUAUAAUGGUUGCCGAACAUACUGGCCAAUCUCCGGUUUUAAUCGGUAAUAAGAUCCAUGAAAAAUGGAUGUUGACUAAGAAUUAUACAAGGUGCUCAAAUAAGCUCAUCGCUGAUGUGUGGCCUUCAGGACUUUCGUUAAUCAGUAGUGAAACAAAACUGGAUCCACUGUUUUCGAAAAAUGAGCUAGUGUCUUAUCGAAAGAAGAAUACGUAUGCAGAGAAACUUUCAGGUUUUUAG